CUCCUCCUCCUCCGAGGAAAUCUGCCACUUCUAGCUGUCCAGCCCAUCUCUUUAAAGGGCGACUUGCCCCACGCCGGACCGCGGCUCCAGCCCUCUCUGGCCUCGGAUUCAACCAGUACAUUGGUCCGCCCGCGCGCCCCCCCGUGCCGUGAAGCUACUACAGAGGCACGCGUCCCGAGAUGAAGAGCAAAGCAGUGCUCCUGGUGGCCCUGGGCGUGUGGCUCCAGAGUCUGCCCGCCUCUCACAGAGGGGUGACCGCCGCCCAAGAAAUUACAGGAGGAAAAGAUUUUAGAAACAUCGAAAGUAAAUUUGCCCUUAGGACCCCUGAAGAUACAGUUGAGGACACUUGCCACCUUAUUCCUGGAGUGACAGAAUCUGCGGCUAACUGCCACUUCAACUAUAGCAGCAAAACUUUCAUGGUGAUCCACGGCUGGACGGUGACAGGAAUGUAUGAGAGUUGGGUGCCCAAGCUUGUGGCUGCCCUGUACAAGAGAGAACCAGACUCCAAUGUCAUUGUGGUAGACUGGCUAUCACGGGCCCAGCAUCAUUACCCUGUGUCUGCGGGCCACACCAAGCUGGUGGGAAAGGACGUGGCCCAGUUUAUCAACUGGAUGGAGGAUGAACUUAACUAUCCUCCAAACAAUGUUCACCUCUUGGGCUAUAGCCUCGGAGCCCAUGCUGCUGGCAUUGCAGGAAGCCUGACCAAUAAGAAGGUCAACAGAAUUACUGGCCUAGACCCAGCUGGACCUAAUUUCGAGUAUGCUGAAGCUCCAAGUCGCCUAUCUCCAGAUGAUGCAGAUUUUGUAGAUGUGUUACACACAUUCACCAGAGGAUCACCUGACCGAAGCAUUGGAAUCCAGAAACCAAUAGGGCAUGUUGACAUCUACCCUAAUGGAGGCGCUUUUCAACCAGGCUGUAACAUUGGGGAAGCUAUCCGAGUGAUUGCAGAGAAAGGUCUUGCAGACGUGGACCAGCUAGUGAAGUGCUCCCAUGAGCGUUCCAUUCAUCUCUUCAUUGACUCCCUGUUGAAUGAAGCAAACCCAAGUAAGGCCUACCGCUGCAAUUCAAAAGAAGCCUUUGAUAAGGGGCUCUGCUUGAGUUGCAGAAAGAACCGCUGCAACAACCUGGGCUAUGAGAUCAAUAAAGUCAGAACCAAGAGAAACAGCAAAAUGUACCUGAAGACUCGUUCUCAGAUGCCCUAUAAAGUCUUCCAUUACCAAAUGAAGAUACAUUUUUCUGGAACUGAAAGUACAACGAAGACCAACCAGGUAUUCGAAAUCUCUCUGUAUGGCACACUGGCGGAGAGUGAGAACAUCCCUGUCACCCUGCCUGAAGUGUCCACAAAUAAGACCUACUCCUUCCUGAUUUACACUGAGGUGGAUGUUGGAGAAUUGCUUAUGAUGAAACUCAAAUGGAACAGUGAUUCAUACUUCAGCUGGUCACGCUGGUGGAGCAGCCCUACAUUUGCUAUUGACAAGAUCAGAGUCAAAGCAGGAGAGACUCAAAAAAAGGUGAUCUUCUGUUCCCGGAACAAAGUGUCUUAUUUGGAGAAAGGAAAGGCACCAGCGGUGUUUGUGAAAUGCUAUGACAGGUCUCUGAAUAGAAAGUCUGCUGAAACUGGGCAAGCCCACAGAAAGAAGAACAGAGCAUGAAUUCUGUGAAGAAUGAAGUGAAUGAAGUAACUUUUACAGAAGAUGCUCAGUGUUUUGGGUGUUUGAAAGUGGAUUUUCCUGAGUAUUAAUGCCAGCUCUACCUUUAUUAGUUCUUUUAGGAGACAGUCUCAAAUACUAAAAGGUGGUUAAUUCAGUUUGAGGAAUAUGGUGGUCAAAUAGCGCAUCUUCCUACAUUAAGAAAUAAAAAUUGUUUGGGCCCAUGAAAAAAUAAGAUUCCUUCACAAGGCAUAUUUAAACAAAGCCUAAAAUUGAUUAGAACAUCAUAUUUUAAUUGGAAUUGUAGAUUUUCUGAACUGAUGCCUUCCCAAAGUUUUCUUCAAGUCUGGAUACAGAGAAUUGUUUUCUGUGGCAUGAGUCAGAAAUGGCCAUGAGACUGGCCAUUUACUUACCAGUAAAAAUACCUGAUUUUUUUUUGGAUUGGCUCUCCUCCUCCUGCCACUGGGAUGUGUUCCAGAAAUUAACCAGUUAACCAGUGACUGGGAGAGAGGGACUGAGGACGUGGUUGAUAAAGCACUGAACCUUUAAACACUCCCUGCAGCUGGCUUAUGUCGCAAUUACCUUAACAAUUAAAGAAGAUGUAACGCUUAGAUCAAUGAAUUCUUAAUAGGUUUUACAGUUUAUUGCCUAAUCCCUCCCCCCUCCCCUUUUCUUUGUCUCAGGAUUAUGUUUUAACACUUUAAUCAUGUUCUCUGGGUAGAUAUUUAAAACAUACCUGUAACCCUCAGCUGACAUGUAAUUUGAACUGUAGAGAAGGAAAAUGGUACCAUAGUUUUAUUAUCAGACAUUUAAAAUUGUAUUUAUCAACUUGAAGGCAUUUCAUAUUCAAUAAUUAUUAUUCAGUUAGGUUUACUUUAGUCAUACUUCAAGCCUGUCUUUUUUUUUUUCUGGUUUUUAACAAGAAAAUGUGUGCUCAAAGUCAAAUUUUGUGUCGUCUGAAUUCCAACAAAUUUUACACACGGACCAUUUUUACAAAAUAAAGAGGUAGAAAAGUUACUGGGCUAUAUUCCUAGACUGCGUGUAUAAACCAUUAUGUGCAACUCACAGAGUCCUCAAUUGCUAUAGCUACAUGAAAGUGCCAGAAGGACUGUUACUGUUUUUAACUACUAAUUGAGAGUGAGUGAACAAUUAUUUAUAAACUAGAUCUCAUUUUCAGAAUGUUUUUCUAUAUGUUAAUAUCAAAUGAUAAAGAAGUCAAAUAUCUCAGAGGCUAUUGUUGGGAACCCGAACUGUGAAAGUGUGUGGAUAUCUGAGCCCAUACUCAUAUAUAAAGAUUCUCACAUGCUUAUCAUCGUUCUGCAUGAUUUGGAAGGCAAACAAUCAAGAGAUGUAUUGUAACACGUUGGGGUAGAAAUAGUUUCCGAGGUGCCAGAGCUGCAGCUUUUUAUCUGAGAAAUAUGGUCCUGCCUAUAUGAUGUGUAGGACAAAUAUAAUCGAUACUAGCUGACAUGGAAUGAAUUUUCUCAAAAAAUAAAAUGAUGUGUGAUUUGUGGUUGGCAUCCCCCUUUAUUGUUAAUUCAUUAAUUUCUUUUGCAUUUGAGUUUUAACAAAAGAUGCAUAAAUUUGAGACAAGACUGAUCAGAUCAGUGUGUGGCAUUGGGAACUCUGGCUUCUAAAGACUUCGCUAUAUAUGUAAAAGACGCUUUGGCUUUAAAUGUUAUUUAUUAGCCGUUAAAUAUAUGUGUAUGUGUAUGUGUGUGUGUGAGUGUGUGUCAAGGGAGUACGUACAUACUGGGAAGGUCACUGUGGCUAUCUGCAUUUAUACAAGUGUGGUGCUAACUUUGUACAUGUCUUUAUCAGUGACAGUCUCACUGACUCAAUGCUUAUGAAAUAAUUUGAUGAAAUGGGAUCUUUUUUAAAAAAUUUUUUUCUUAACUAUGUGAAGAAAUGGAAUCUGCUUUUAAUAAAAUUGACAGACUUUUAUCACAACACUAAGCCAUUAUUUUGUAUCAUUUUAGUCUCCUCCCUCCCCCAUUUAGGGCAGAUUCAUUCAGCAAAUAUUUACUGAGUAACUAUUUAGUAAAUAAUAUAGCUUCUAAACAACAACAUAGCUUCUAAAAAUUGCAGUGCCCAUUAUA